GGUUUGGGGUCGCUUUGUUUGUUUUUGUCAGAUGUGAAUCCAAAUGGAGCAGUCGGAAGGAGGCGAGCAGAGCCAGCAGCAGCCGCAGCCCUGGGGGAAGCUGAUCCGGCUGGGUGCUGAUGAAGCAGAGCCGCACGUCCUGCUGCUGAAAAGAGAAUGGACCAUUGGGCGGAAGAAAGGCUGUGACUUAUCUUUCCCUGGCAACAAGUUGGUGUCUGGAGAUCACUGUAAAAUCAUAGUGGAUGAAGAGUCUGGUCAAGUGUCAUUGGAAGAUACAAGUACUAAUGGAACAGUAAUUAAUAAAUUGAAAGUGGUUAAGAAGCAGACAUACCCAUUACAAACUGGGGAUGUGAUCUAUGUUGUUUACAGAAAAAAUGAGCCAGAGAACAAUGUUGCUUAUCUUUAUGAAUCCUUAAACACAAAACAUGAUGCAACUCAAGAACCAGUAGAAGUUAAUGUAGAAAACCAAUGCCAUGUGACCAAAGAUACCUCAAGUACAGGAAGAAGUAAUGAUGAGACCCAAAUUACCUCAUCACUGUCAGCUACUCAGACUUGCUAUGAGGAACCACAGCCAUCUACUUCUACAUCAAACCUCUUUAAUGCUUCUUCUACCUCUCCGGUUGAGUCUGCAUCUGUUCAGCAGGAUAAUCCAUCUACAUCUGGAUCACAGUCCUCAGUUGUCACUCCUGUGCCUGCUUUCCCCAUCUUAGAAUCCAUGUGUGUAGGAGCACUGCAUGACAAGCAUGAAAAGCUGGAUGUGAAUGCUGAAGCUUCUGCAAUCACUUCAGAAAUCACUGACAAAGAAAAUGCAGAAUCAGAUCCUCAAAGAACAGGGGAGGAGGAAGGUUUGGAACCUGCUAAGAAGAAACUAAAAGGAGAUGAAGAUACUUGUCCAAAUCUUUCACCAGCAGCUCCAAGUGAAUGUAUAAUUAAAAUUGGCUCUGAAGAUGCAAAAACAUCAAAUGUGAAACCAGAUAAGAUGGAAGAGACAUUAACUUGCAUUAUUUGCCAAGAACUGCUGCAUGACUGUGUAAGCCUGCAGCCUUGUAUGCAUACUUUUUGUGCUGCCUGCUACUCAGGAUGGAUGGAAAGAUCUUCUCUAUGUCCAACUUGUCGUUGUCCAGUAGAACGUAUUUGUAAAAAUCACAUAUUGAACAACUUGGUUGAAGCUUAUCUGAUUCAGCAUCCAGAUAAAUGUCGCAAUGAAGAUGAUGUUCGGAGCAUGGAUGCCAGAAACAAAAUUACUCAAGACAUGUUGCAGCCUAAGGUGCGGAGAUCUUUUUCCGAUGAGGAGGGAAGUUCUGAAGAUUUGCUGGAAUUGUCUGAUGUAGACAGUGAAUCCUCAGAUAUCAGUCAACCAUAUAUAGUAUGCAGACAGUGCCCAGGGUACCGAAGACACUCUGUUCCAGCUGUGCCUGGCACAGGCCAGGAGACAGAGGCAGGAGGGAUGCAGGCUCUGGGAGAUGCUCCAUCAACCUCUGCCAACUUCCCUGCAGCUGUUCAGGAAUAUGUGUGUCCUGCUCAAGGAAGUCAUGUAAUAUGCACCUGCUGCUUUCAGCCAAUGCCUGACCGAAGAGCAGAGCGUGAGCAGAAUCCUCAUGUUGCUCCUCAGCAAUGCACAGUUUGUCUGCAGCCCUUCUGUCACUUGUACUGGGGCUGCACUCGCAUGGCGUGUUUUGGCUGCUUGGCACCAUUCUGUGAAAUAAAUCUUGGUGAUAAGUGUUUAGAUGGCGUCCUGAAUAACAACCACUAUGAGUCAGAUAUCCUAAAGGAUUACCUGGCAUCCAGGGGUCUGACAUGGAAGAACAUGUUAAAUGAAAGUCUCUUAGCUCUUCAAAGAGGAGUUUUCAUGUUGUCAGAUUACAGAAUUACUGGGAACACAGUGCUUUGCUACUGUUGUGGCCUUCGCAGCUUUCGAGAACUUGCCUACCAGUACAGGCAGAAUAUUCCUGUUGCUGAAUUGCCAGUGACUGUCACGUCACGUCCUGAUUGCUACUGGGGACGCAACUGUCGAACUCAGGUCAAAGCACAUCACGCCAUGAAAUUCAAUCACAUUUGUGAGCAAACACGAUUCAAGAACUGAAAACUUGUAAUCUGUAGAGAGGGGACAAAAACCUGUUACACUGCUUGUACAGUUUAAUGUUUCAGGGGAUUGCUCAGUUCCCCCAUAGCAGGGAAUCAUUAACUUUUGCAUCAGGUAAGCUGAUGUGAGAUUUUUAAUUUGUAGAAUUUUACAGCUGUACAUGAAUAAGGUAGAUUUUUUUCCAAGGUGGUCCAGCAAGCAUUGCAUUCCAUGCUCAUGACUGCAGUGUCCCUGUAUCACUUCAGUGAAGAACACAAAUCACACUCACAAAAACCAGCCAUAUCUUGGGAUGACCUAAGAAUAAGGAGUGUAUUUGCACUACUUGUGAAGAAACUAAGAAAAAUCGUUAGACUUAAAAUAGAGAAGUUUUGUAAAAGUAUCUGAUGGGUAUUUCAAGAGCCAUUAAUAUUUAAGAAGGAAAUUGUCAGUGUAUAUUUGUAACUGCAUUUUGCGGUAGUCCAAUAUUUUGUUGCUACCCAUUGCAUUUGGGCUAGAAACCACAUUAAUAUUCCUUUUAAAAAAAAUCCAUCCAAUAAACAGCUGUUUCAACUUAAAGCUUCUACCGUAUGUGCAGUGUUACAGUCGAGGUAGUACAGUUUCCUUUCUUAGUUUAGACAUGUUGAUGUUUUUAUUCACGUGAAAUUACAAAAAGAAUUGCACAGAAAGUUGAAGUUCAUCACAUUUAAAGUUGGGGUAAUACUUGAAGCAGAACAGACUUCUGCUAAUAUUACUUCUAUAGUGUUUUAUAUCAGAAGACCAAACAGUGCUUUUGACAUAGAGCAGCCAGUAAGACACACUGGUUCAUCUUUUUUGUAUUUCUUUUCUGGUUUGAUACCAUGUGCUAAAUAUGUACCUCUGCAAUGCAGCUGUUCCCUAGCAUGCAUACACUGGUGAAAAUGUAGAAAAAGCCAUCAUUUAGAACAGAAUCUAGUGGCUUUACUGAGAGGAACAAUCUUACAGAAAAUAAGUGAGUUUGGACAAAUUGUAGCAAUAUGGAAACAUUUCUGAUUAGGGAUAGAGAUAGGGAUCAUGAAGGGGCACACUGGUGUCACUGACAUAGGAAAUGUAGAUUUUAUUUUCAUGCCUUCUGCAGAGCUCAUUCAGGAAAUGUCCUAAGUGUCAUUAAAAAUAAAGAAAUCCAAACUUUCCCCCUUCCCUACAAAUUGGUAUGAUCUAAUCUGUUUCAUCAUAAUGUGGUGGCUAAUGUUGACAAACCUCGACUGGGACCAAUUUUGUUUUCAUCAUACCUGGAAGACUGAAGCAGAAUGAGAAGAAAGCAUACAAAGUUACCUCUGUAGAGACCAUGUUGUUUUUAAGUACGCCUUAUUUUAUGAGCAGGGUUUAUACUUGGGUGUUAAAAAGUGUACACACGGUAUCUUGUGAUAUAAUGGAGCACAAAUGAUGCAGCACAUCGUGUCUACUGGUUGCAGUGAAUUAAACAACUAUUUCCAGUAA